AUGAGCCAGGCCAACCAGACCUGGGUGACAGAAUUUCUUCUUUUGGGGCUCUCUGAUGACCCUCAGACUGAGGUGCUGCUCUUUGUAUUGUUCCUGGGGGUCUACCUGGCUACUGUGCUUGGGAGCUUACUCCUCAUCUACCUGGUUCUGACUGACCCACAACUCCAUACACCCAUGUACUUUUUCCUGACCAACUUGUCUACAGCUGACCUCUUCUUCUCAACUAACAUAGUUCCCCAAGCUAUAGUUCACAUGAUGACCAGGAGGAAAGUCAUUUCUUUUAUGGGAUGUGCAACUCAGAUUUUUCUCUUCCUCAUUUUUGGGUCUACACAGUGUGCCCUGCUAGCUGUGAUGUCCUAUGACCGGUACUUAGCAAUCUGUGACCCCAUGCACUACCCAAGCAUCAUGACAUGGAAGGUAUGUGGUCAUUUGGCCUUGGGAUGCUGGGUCAGUGGACUGGUAGCAUCCUUGGUGGAUACUACAUUUACAUUACGACUCCCCUAUCAAGGAGACAAUAAGAUUGCUCAUUUCUUUUGUGAGGCCCCAGCCCUCCUACCUUUGGCAUCUGCAGACACUCACCAAGCAGAGACAGCCAUUUUCCUCAUGGGUGUGGUGAUUCUUCUCGCACCCGUGUCCCUUAUCCUAGUCUCCUAUGGCUCUAUCAUAGUGACUGUUGUCAGGAUGAAGACAACCUCAGGGAGACUCAAGGCAUUCUCCACCUGUGGCUCCCACCUUCUUGUGGUCAUCCUUUUUUAUGGAACAGGAAUAAUCUCCUACAUGAUACCUAAGUCCUCCAAGAGUGAGGGGAAGCUAAUAUCUGUUUUUUAUGCAGUGAUAAACCCUAUGCUUAACCCACUUAUCUACAGCCUGCGGAACAAGGAUGUGAAGAGGGCACUUAGAAAUGCAGUCAACAGGGGGAAACCCCACAUACCUUGA